GGAUGAUGAAGAGAAUGAAGAUGAAGUGGAGGAAGACGAAGAGCAGUUCAAGGAGGAUAUAAGCAUCCCGGGUGAUGAAAGCGGUGAUAAAAAGCCAGCAAUGAUGGACAUGUCCAAAAACCACAACAAGAGCAGCUCGUACAAUCCCCUGGUCUGUCAGUUCUGUCAGAAAUCUUUUGCCGACACCAUCACCCGCCAAGCUCACGAGGCUCUUCAUUCCCAAACGAAAUCGUUCGCCUGCUCCCUUUGCUCCAAUGCAUUUCACUGUGCAUAUAGUCUCAGAAUCCAUUUCCUGCGCCAUCACAAUGAGGGGCCAUACAAGUGCAAGCAGUGUUCAAAACCUUUUGAAGAGAUCAUGCUACUUAAAUCUCAUCUACUCUCUGAGCACUCACUGCCAAAGCAGGAGACUUGCUCACUCAAAUAUUUCUCACUUCUUGACAAUUCAUCUGAAGGGUCAUCCAGUCUGCCCCACAACACCGCGCUUUCGGAUGGCGAGCAGGACAAAAAGGAAAGAAAUAAUCUAAUGCAGCGAAGAAGUGCGGAUAGCCUGCCAGAUGUUCUGAAACACUCGGAUCAGACAACGAAGAAACUUCAGAGCAACGAAACCGAUGAUUCUCCUCCCAAUGGGGACCUAACCAACGAAGAGACAGAAGUCUGUAAAGUGUGCAACAAGGCGUUUGCUAAAUCUUUUAUCCGUUUUCACGAGAGAGCUCAUGCUGACCAGAAACCGUAUGAGUGUCCAAUAUGUAAUAAGAGGUUUGGGUAUAAAAAUAACAUGAAAUCGCACAUGAAGCUUCAUCAAGGUCUUAAACCAUACCAAUGCCAAAUAUGCGGAGCAAGAUUCACCAGAGGCUCAACCCUACGUCGACAUGGGAGACGGCACAACAUAUCCAGGAAC